CCUUUUGUGAUUCAUGACAUGGAAACUCUUUGGCAGGCUGAGAAAAACCUAGUUUGGAAACAAUCAGUAAAUGGAAUUCCAAACAAAGAGAUUGCAGUUCAUGUCUUCCAUCGUUGCCAGUGCACAACUGUUGAAACAGUGCGAGAGCUCACUGAGUUUGCCAAGUGCAUCCCUGAAUUCUUAAAGCUAUACCUGAAUGACCAGGUGACAUUAUUAAAAUAUGGUGUACAUGAAGCCAUUUUUGCCAUGUUGGCAUCAAUAAUGAAUAAGGAUGGUCUUCUUGUGGCUAAUGGAAAUGGAUUUGUAACUCGUGAAUUCCUGAGGAGUCUACGCAAACCGUUUAGUGAAAUUAUGGAACCCAAGUUUGAGUUUGCAGUGAAAUUCAAUGCUUUGGAACUGGAUGAUAGUGAUUUGGCUCUUUUUGUGGCUGCCAUUAUUUUAUGUGGAGGUAAGGAACUAAACUUUUAUCAAUGGAAACACUAACUCUUUUUACUACAGAGAAUCAUGGGAUAGUAUGGUGCAGAAAGAGCAAUACAGAUAUUGCCACAACCCCACACUUAC